GAUUGUCAACACAUUUAAUAUCGACGUUACAUAGCGUGUUCAACAAAAGAAAGCUUGUACUAUCAAUUUGAAAGCCAAAUGCGUUGAUGUCUUGAAAAAUAAAGAUUUGGAGUUCACAUGACUGCAUUAUCCCACCGACUAUUACUUACCCAAUAUGCCGUUAAAUAUUCAACACAUGUACCUGGAACUUCUACUGGACUAAGAAAUGACGAAUAUGUACAGAAGCACUUAAAGCGAUCUCAGUUGCUCAAGGUUCCCGGAAGUAAUACCAGUGACUGUGUGGCUAAUAAUACACCAUAUGAUCUUUCACUAAACGCGGCCAUUCUGAUCAAACAGUCGGAGUUUGCCUCAGGCUCUAAACACAUCCCUCCACGCUUCCAGAAGAUUAUCGCAAAUUGCAAACAUUUUUGGGCCACAAACUUUCCUGAUUGGUCAACCUGUUUAGAAAAAGAGCUCAGAAAACAUCCUCGGUUAUUAGAAAAUGCUGUUUCAGACCACGGUUUCCCUCAUGGAUUUUCCAUGCAUCUCGCUAAAAUCUUUCACUUUAAUGUUAAGUUAGCGGGAUUCCUGGACGCAUGCACUGCUUCAGGAGAGAUCUUUCAGUUUUUGCGGCAUUGUGACUCCAUAUACAAAGAUUCACAAACAGUCAAAGGUUUUCAACGGGGAUUCAUCGUGGAGCCCUCCUUAGUUUAUGAAAAGCUAGCGAAUUACUUUGCCAAAAAUGCUGACUGGAGUGGAUACAUUCAAUUGCUUGGACGAAUAAAACGGGAAGGUAUGUUGCCUUCGCGAAACAUUUAUUUCUAUGGAUUGGAAUGUUUGGGUAGACUUUUGAACAAGGGUGAACUACAAUCUACACAAUCUUCUUAUUUUCAAAGUCUGUCAAAAAAUAAUUCGCUAAAUCAUAUAAAUCAAAAACCUGUAGUACUUAUGGAAGAAAUCGAAAACCAGAUCAGAAAUCUUUUAAGUGCUGCUGAAGAAGAGGGACAUGAUUUAACUCAAGGUUUAUUGGAUUUAUCUCUUGAAGAAGGAACAUUGAAACAUAUUCUCACUGCUUUACUGCAUAUACGACCGAUUUUCAAUCCAAAUCUAAAUUACUUUAUUCAUUAUUCAUCUAGCGAUAUUUCGACAGAUGUUAAACAUAUUACAGAGGUGUCGUAUCCAGCUCAAAAGCACUUAGAUGAAGUGAUUCAUAAAUGUGUAAAUCCGUAUGCUGAAAGCUUUAAUAAUUCUGGUGAUAUUGCAAAGGCAUUUAAGGAUCAAAUGCAUUUCGAACGAAUGACUGAAGUAUCUAUUUCACCUGUACUAUCUCCUUUUGGACAAUCAGAAUCUACUUCUCUACCAUUAGAGUUGAAAAAAAACUUGCAUAAUGCCCUUAUCAAAGAACAAAACCACUGGCGUCGGGUUUUAUUAGUUGCUUUUAAUGAACAGCUGAAGAGGCUUAAGCUUACUCAUGCAAAAGGAAAACUAACAGCCUAUCCCUUCCUGAAAAUUUUGCCUGCAUCGCACUAUGUGGAUCUCAUGAUUACGGGCAUUGACAUGUUGAUUGUAGAUUCAGCGCUGCAGUACACUUCUUCAUCAUUUGCUUGUCUGCAACUUGGUCGACGGGUUGAACGUGCUUGUACUGUAUAUCGUCAAGAAAAACUGGGAUAUUUUAAGCAGUUGGAGAAAAUGUACAUGACUUACGCGAAUCUGUUCAAUGAACGUGAAAUGAAAUUGCCAAACUUUCGUCACAUGUGGUUACAUUCUCUACAGUCUCAUAUAGAUCAAGGGCCAAAUACGCAUCACAGCUGUGUUCCGUGGCCACCAGUAAUUCUUUUUAUGAUUGGAGAGGUAUUAUACAAUCUUAUAUACGAAAACUUGCGUUUCGAUUCAAACGGUCCACGUAGAGUUCGACAUGAGUUCUCUAAGCAUGUCUAUCAGGCAACCAGUUUACUUUGUCGCCAGGAUACACCUGCUCUGUUUGAAGUACUCGCAGAGUUCCCAACAGAAGUAACCAAUGAGAUUAAAGUUCAUCCUACACUAAUUAAUUGGUAUAAAGAUGCAGAUUAUCCACCUUUGAGUUUUCAUCCCUGUGCUCUGCCUAUGCUCUGCCCUCCAGUCCCAUGGAUUAAUCUAAAUGAUGCUGGUUACCUGAUAUCGAGAAAUUAUGCAACACGUCUGAUAAGAUGUAACAGUAUUUCUUUAACAAACCCAGCGUACUCAGAUGACUUAGAUUUUGACUGUAAACGAAUUCCAUCUGUAUUAGAUGCUCUCAAUUGUUUGGCCUCCUGUCCAUGGCAGAUCAAUAACAAUAUUUUAGACUAUCUUAUUCAAGUUGCACGUUCAGGUGGUAGUGAAAAACUCAGCAUACCUGAGUGGAAAAUUAAGCCUAAACGUGUUGAGUUAAAAAGUGACAUGACUGCAAAGGAACGUCAGCUCUCAUACAAAAAAUAUCGUGAGGCUCGCCAGGAUUAUGGUGAAUUUUGUUCGCUUUGGAGCACGGAAUUAUACAGGUUAUCUAUAGCUAAUCAGUAUCGCGACAAAACUAUAUGGUUUCCUCAUAGCAUGGAUUUUCGUGGUCGGGUGUAUCCUUGUCCACCACAUUUCAAUCACACUGGCAGUGAUGUGGCCCGGAGUCUUAUCGUUUUCGCUAAAGGAUUGCCUCUUGGUCCUAAUGGCUUAGAUUGGCUUAAAAUCCAUUUAGUCAACCUGACGGGUUUAAAAAAAAGAUGCACUCAUAUUGAGCGUUUGGAAUAUGCCAACUCUAUAAUGAGUGAUAUUAUUGACUCUGCUGAAAAGCCAUUUGAUGGUAGGAGAUGGUGGCAGGAUCAAGCAGAACCGUGGCAAAUUUUAGCUUGCUGUAUUGAGUUAAAAAAUGCCUUGUCACAUCCAGGUGGACCAGAAUUAUUUAUUUCUCACUUUCCCGUGCAUCAAGAUGGAUCUUGUAAUGGAUUACAACACUAUGCUGCUUUAGGUCGGGACCUCCAAGGUGCUGAGUCGGUGAACCUCACUAACAUGGAUCGUCCCCAGGAUCUUUACAGUGAUGUUGUUGAAGUUGUGGAAGCCCAAAGACGAAUAGAUGCAGAUAGUGGUAAUGCUGUUGCUAAAGCACUUGAAGGUUUUGUUCGGCGCAAAGUUAUCAAGCAGUCUAUUAUGACUACAGUUUACGGUGUUACUCCGUAUGGAGCCACCGAGCAAAUUCGCAAACAACUUCGUGAUUUAAACGAUUUCCCUAAAGAGUAUUUGCUACCGGCCUCUAGAUACUUGGCUCGUUUAACUCUCUCCAGUAUCGGAAAAAUUUUCACAUCUUCAGUUGAUAUUCAAGAUUGGCUAUGUGAAAUAGCUAAAUAUAUAUCCGAGGAUUUAGAAUGUAGGGUUACAUGGGAAACUCCGCUUGGUUUACCAGUUAUUCAACCUUAUAUGCAGUCAAAUAAAAAUUCAUCCGAUGGUGAUUGUACAUCUAAUAUUUAUGGUCAGGCGCUAUACACUAGUCAAACGGAGAUAGAUUUUCUAAAGAACUAUAAACAGAACAGUAAUUUAGUAUCAGUGCCAAAAUCAUCUAAACAGACUAGUGCUUUUCCACCGAAUUUUAUACAUUCAUUGGAUUCAUGCCAUAUGAUGUUGACAGCUUUACAUUGUUUAAAGGAGGGCAUUGUAUUCGCUUCUGUGCAUGAUUGUUUUUGGACUCAUGCUGUUAAUGUGGAUAAAUUGAAUCGAAUAUGUCGUGAAGAAUUUAUCGCUCUUCAUAGUCAACCAAUAUUAAGUAAUUUUGCUGACUAUCUUAAACAAAGAUUUGCAUACACUGAGAAGUAAGUUGACAUCAUUUAUUACUUUGAAGUUAUUGUUCCUAUACUGCGAAUUGAAUACUACCUUAGGUUUACUGGUGUGUUGACUGAAGUUAAAGUCAAACUUAAAUAGGGAUAUGUUCCCGUGAACAUGCACUGCUGUCAUGUUUCAGGAUAGCAAACGUUUUUCCUUCUUGGCUUGAUAGCAAUCAAACUAACUGAUGAUGAUAUUCAUUCACUGCAUUAUCAGUUUGAUAGUCAUUUGUUCUCAAGCACAAGUGCCUGUAAGCGUAGGAAGUAAUAAUAUGUGGUAGGUGACUUUAUCUGAUAAUAGAUGCAGCGCAAAAAGAAAGCAGAUAUAGCUUAGAUUGAAUACCAGUUCACCUAAUACCCGCCAUUAGCAGUUGUGAAAGUGAAAUGAGUUGAACGCACUCAGCAACUAUGUACAUGUCCGUGCAGUAGGCAAUGAGCUAUAUCCACGGUUACAAGACUAGUAAUACGACCUGGCUACCCAGAUCUCGAUAGAUGGGGUAGGGUUCGAAUCCGUGGCCCAUCGGUCGGAAGUUGAGUAUCAGGACCAAUAAGCUACGGCUGCAGAUUCAAGUGAGGAAAGUAUAGAUGACCACAUUAUUGGCAACCAGAUGGCAACUACCUAAACUGAUGCAAAAAAAGUUAGAGUAUCACUAAAAAAUAUAGGGAGGUGAAAAAAAUUUCAGGA